AUAAUUGGGAGACGAAUGAUAAUGAUUGACGAAGAGGGUUUAAUCACAUCUGUUUUCUAUUUCGCUAUCUUUAUUCAUCACUCCUUAACAUGUCUGUUUGAGUUUGGACCAAUUUACUCCAAACUCCUAAACCCCAAAACCUAUCAUCACCGGUUCUGGCUAAUGGGAGUCGUCUUCCGUCGCUCCCACCGUCGUUUCAUCUCAACUGUCGUUGUCUUUACUCUCCUUUUAAUUUAUUUUUCCUCCUCCGCAACCGCCUCUCCUGAUCAAGAUCUUAGGGGAGGGCUUGUGGAGAGUACGAAGGAGGCAGGUGGGUCAGGUUUGCCGGGUCGGAUCGUAGAUCGGAAGCGGUUAGGUGGUCCGGGCUCGGCGCCUCCGAUUUGUAGAUCGAAGUGCGGGAAGUGUGAGCCGUGUAAAGCAGUUCACGUUCCGAUUCAACCAGGUCUUAUUGCGCCAUUGGAGUAUUACCCCGAAGCCUGGCGCUGCAAGUGUGGCAACAAAAUCUCGAUGCCCUAACUUGAACACCUUACACAAUUUGUGACUGAAAAAUCCAAAUUUUCCUUUUAUCGUGAUUAAUUGCUCUUCUUUUUCUUUUCUUAUCCCGGCUUAUUAACUUUCUAUAAUGGUUUGAUGUAUACUACAAGAAAACAGCGGUAUUCUGACGGACGUUCCGACGGAAAAUGAAUUCCUCGGAAUAUACCGAGGAAUUUCCGAGGCAAUUCCGAGGAAACACAAAAUUUGGCUUCCUCGGAAUUUCUUCGGAAUAUUCCGACGGAAUUCCGAGGAAAAUUCAUCUCGUCGGAAUAUUCCGACGGAAUACCGAGGAAACUAGUAUUCCUCGGAAAAAACCGAUGAAUUCCGAGGAUAAGAUUGUAUUUAUCAUCUUUCUUUUUUUUUAACGUCUUAACUUUAUUGAUAUCAAAUCAAUGUAACAUAUUACAUGAAUCAUAAAUUACACAAAACAUGCUGUUAAUAAAAACUUUUA